AAGAACUUCCUUGGUAACAAGAAGCUUGCUUGGAGAUGGCUAGUUAGCAUGUAGCUGAGCUACUUCGGAGGGUGUUUUCCUAACUUUCCUGGUUUGUGACAUAUGGGACAGGGUCUGUGUGUGCCACUAAUGACGUAGAGGGAACUAAACCGUGACGUUAACAUCGUUUUUGCUGCGGAUUUAAACAUUUUAGCUCCGGAUCCGCACCAUGUUUCUGCUAGCCAAAUGAUUUUUAGCUACCUGCGUUCACUGCACCUCCUCCUUGUCCUCUGUGGACGCUUGGCUCUCACAGCCACAGAUGUGGGGGCCACUUCAUCUCCCGGCUCCAGCCCAACAUAUGGGGCCCCAUUCAGCUCACCCACCCCGGCUGCGGGCCUCACAGGGGCCACAGCGGAGGCCACUCUGGAGCCCACUUUGGACUCGGCGGUGACCACACAGCUGUCCGUUACUGGGACCCCAACUCCGGCCACAGACGCUCCGUCUCCAGCCACCGUUCAGACCCUGGUGUCUGCUCAGGCUUGUCUCUGUGACCUGACGCCUGGUUUCUGUGACGUCGGCUGCUGCUGUGACACAGCCGAUUGUGAUGUUGCCGACUUAGCCGCAGUUUUCACCGGCUGUCCGCGAGCAGAUGUGAGAGGAGUUUGCAUUGAGAAAUGGCUGAUGUUCAGAGCCAACGUGGAUUCUUCGUUUGUCACUGUGACGGACACCUUGUUUUGCGUCCAGGCAGAAGCAGCUGAUGCACCCCGGUCUCUUCCUGCCCUGACUCACUUUCCAGCAUUACAGGAUUUCUACCGUUUCUCACCUCCAGGACAUCCGACCAUAAGACACAGCAGAGACUUUUACAGGGUCGAUGACGUUAUCCAGACGUUUUUCUCCAACUCCUCUGUGCGAGGGCUCCUCCGUCAGCCAUCCCCAGGGGCCGCCUCUGCCUUCUGCUUCAGCCGUAACCCUGCAAAGUUUCUGAGAUCGACGUCGCUGUCUUGUAGCCGCACGGUGACCGCUGCUUCAUGCACCGCCGACCCGAGCCUCAGCGCCAGCUCUUACUUCUCUGACAUGAGUCUCGUGAAGGUUCCAACAGCUGACGCAGUGAUACCGUCUGAUCUUUUGAUCCCAGUGAGGCCGCUCUCUGAUUGGCCCGCGCCAGCCCGACUGGACGGCUUCUGCAAAAAUGUUGUGGAAAAGGUGGAGUUCGUCGUUGGUUACACGGAGAGGGGGGAACUGACUGAUGCCGUGGUCAGCGUUACCUUGGCAGACGUGGCUCUUGAGCAGCUUUUGCUCCAGACGCACUCUGUACAGUUUCAGCUGGCCACACCCGGCCCCGCUCCAGCAGAACCAGCACCUCCUGUUGGACUUCGACACGGAUCUGCUGUCGUCGGUCGCUUUAACGGAGAGCUGCAACCCCUGACAUCGCUCGGGGUUUCAGAAGGCGGGGCGUGUUCCUCGGCUCCCGGCACACGAUCGCCCGUCCUCUUCACGCACAACACCAUCUCUGGCUGCACGUUCAGCUCCGCCAGUCAGAACUGCACGGAGCUGCGCUCACAGAUUUAUGAGAUCUUACGGGGAUCCGGUGCUCCCGAUGUCAUCGCCAUGAACUCGGGCUCCAAACCGGACUGGACAAGAGUCCUAACGCAGGAAUGUGCGACCGAUCCACAGGAGUCGUGUGAAUCGGGCUGCACCCUCCCAGAUUCUCUCUUCAUCCAGGUUCUGUGGGCUCGGCAGGGCUUCAUCGAGCUUCCUCAGAACUUCAUCCUGGGAGCCAAAUUUCUCUUCCGCUGUCGGACCGUCCAGUGUCCUUUAUCGUCUCCUCUCGCCCUGACGGCCAAAGCUGCGUUCGUCGAAGCCACCGUUUACCCAGAACCCCCCAGAGGGUCUCCUCGGCCUCGCUGGAGGUUUCCGUUCGGCUUCUUCACGCGGGGCGGCGCCGAGCUGGACGGCGGCGUCGCUACGAGUAGCAGCGGCGCUCAGAGGCUCUCCUGGAGUUCAGUGGCGUUCCCGCUGCUGUUGCUAGCAGGAUUAGCAGCCUUCAGUUUACAGUUUAAUAGGUAACAGGAAUGUAGACGCAACAAAAAGUGGAAUCAAUGUUUAAAUGCAGCUGUUUUACACAAUAAAGAGUACAUUUUUUACACAAUGAAA